AUGGCCAAUCAUGCAUGUGGUAGAGAUGCAGGCGCAGUCACCAUAUCAGUUCAAGAAUACAACACGUUGCUCGACACGGGCCGCAAAUAUCAUGCUCUGAGGCAGGCACUGUUGAUAGGAGGAGCCACCGGCGAGUCGCUCGAUGUCUUGAUCAGCAGCUGUUCUUUACCAACGCCGGCCUUCACUCCAAAUGACAGUCCAAUUGAGGAAACAACACCAGACCAGUCUGGUAUGUUGGAAUGGACUCCUGCACCCACCGCGAGCCCUUUCACCCCUCGAGCGCCCCCAAGCACCACUUCGAGCCGUCACCAGAACCCGUCGUCCAUACCAACCACCCUCGGUUCGUCCAAUCCAUGGCCUCCUGGAGUUGUCUGUGCCGACGGAAGCGUGUCGGGCCAGCUAAUAGAAGAUCCUCAAGAAGACGAGUCCGCUUGCAGCGAUAACAUCACCGGCAGACGCUCUCUGGUCCUUACCGGGCUACCACCAGAUACGACACUCCAGAGACUUGCCAAGCUGCUGAAAGGUGGCGCGAUCUUGCAGAUGCACUUGAGCAAGCGACAUGAUUCUGCGCAUGUGAGCUUUGUUGAUCCAAUUGCGGCUGAGAGCUUCCUUGAGUAUGUGCAGACCAACGAGAUCUACAUACAAGGAAAGAAGGUCACAGCGAGCUGGGACAAGCAACAGAGAUUUAUCAAGCCAUACCUGGCAAAGCUCAUCGCUUUCUCCGGGCUCACACGCAAUCUUGUGAUCCGUUUUGCGAAAGAAGAGUGGACGGCACAGAGCAUCCGGGAGGACCUUGAACACAUCCACCAGCUGGAGAUUGUCGAUUCCUUCUUCCGCAACGGCCAUGCCUACCUUUCUCUGAACAGUAUCCAACACGCUCUAACUGCCAGAACCUGCAUGCACUCGCAAUUGAAGUACAAGAAAUUGAGGAUCGAUUCUUGGCCGGAUGAUUGCGCUCAGCCACUCCCGAAUGCGACAAUCAAGCAACCACAGUACUUACAACCUGUUCAGCCAGCUGCAGUCCACCGAAACCGCUUCGCGCCGCUUUAUCCUGGAAAUGAAGAAAGCCAAGAAUCCCUCAAUUUGAUUCACUCUUCGGAGUAUUGA